UGCGAGUACCUGCCGACAUGCUGGAAGAUCACGAUGCCUCCUUUAAAAGUAGACUCGGAGGCUGGAGCAAAAUCAUCUGCUGAGCGGCAUCUAUGGAUCCUUUGCACCCAUUUUUCGAACUCGAUGAGAGUUCUACUUAUUACACGUCUAUGUCUGCCCACCAACCUGCAGGUCCACACGGUGGUUGUGUGCCUACUUAUGACUCAGAUCAUCUAGUCGCUGUUCCUUUUGAGAGUCGAAACAGAACUGUGGUCGAUGGUCCUGUAUCACCCGCUCAUAUACUACAGGCGCCAGUGGCUCCACAGUCCAGUUAUCCUUUGGUUUAUCCGUGGUCUGGAUCUACGUACAUGGGUUUUAACUCGGCGAACAACCAAAUAAUGGAAAUGAACAUCCCUCGACCCUCCGCUCCCAUUCCCUUCGAAAAUUUUCAUGACAUCUCCGAUAACCUACCAUUUCGCCUUCGGCGUGGCACUAGUCAUUUCGAGACAUACCAUAAUGACCGUUCCCAUGAGUACCAUGGCGCAUUUCUUUGCCGAUGGGACAAUAAAGGAGCCCCUUGCGAUGAUGAGCUUCAGGCUACACCCAAGAGUAUUCUCGCCCACCUGCGCCAGGAUCAUGGUAUUGGGAUUGGAAACAAGGAAACCAACCGUUGCCGUUGGAUCACACCACACGGUCGCUGUAAUGAUCAAUUGAAGUCCCAGAGUUUUGGGCGCCACAUCAUUAAGCACACUGGUAUCAGAUUCAAAUGUUCUCUCUGCGAUACGACCAUACCAGCUCGGAAUGACCUCGUCACCAGGCAUCGCCAUCGUCACCCGAAUUGCUCUCAAGCAGACUUUAUCAUUAUCCCAGGUCGCGAUAGUCAAGCGUCUUUCUGACAAUGGCCACCACUCUUUUGCCAUGUUUCAGAUGGUCUGUCGCAUGUUAUGUGAUAUUUAAACCCCUUUCAGCUGGCUGAGAUGGGCGCGAUUUUCGGUUUCGGUUU